GGCCAGGUGAAGACACCCUUUUUAGUGCACGGACCGGUAGUAUAUAAAGUUACUGUAGUUGUAGUGUUAAGUGCCACAUAAAGGAGUCAAAAAAAGAGGAUACGCAUAAUGCGGACGCAUCAGGUGCUUGUUUUGGUUGCGUGCCUCUCUCUAGCUGCCCAACAAAUCAAUGCUGUGGUUAAUUCCGGUGCCAAUACAAAAGACUCUAUUAGUGCCAGUACCGAAACUAAUUCGGAAAUUAAUAAAGAUAUUACCGCGGAAGUCACCGAUUCAACUCCGGCUGAAACCGAACAAGAAGCUGAUAAACGAGAGGCUGUUAUUGAUCUUACUGGGAUUUAUGGAACUCCAAUAGAUACUUAUCUUCCGCCGGGUGGAAUAGGUGGAGUUGGUGGACUGGGAGGAGUGGGUGGAAUAGGAGAUAGUUUGAUAGGUGGAGUGGAUGCUAGUUUACCAAUACCGGUUUAUGGAGUUCCUAAUUUUGGACAAAAUAUUAUUUACCCCGCACCACCACCGGAUGUUCCUCCACCUUUACCGGCUCAAUACGGAGUUCCAAAUCCACCGCCCAAAAUUAGUUUUGCACCUAAAUAUAAAUUGCCAAGAAUUAAAUAUGGACCUCCUUUUAGACAACAUUUUCCGAAACCAAUUUAUGGUCCACCAAGGAAACCUUAUUUCCCUAAACCAGUCUAUGGACCCCCAAAACCACAUUAUGGACCACCAAAACCACAUCUCUCAAAAAUCAUUUCAAAACCAAUUUAUAUUCCAACAAUUCCUGACGCUCCCAUUUUAAAUCCUCCACCAGUUAAUUAUGGACCACCAAGUAUACAACCCAUUAAACAAUAUGGACCACCACCAGUGAUUCAUGGUCAUCCACAACAUGUAGUUCAUGGUCCCCCACAACACGUAGUUCAUGGCCCUCCACAACCUGUAAUUCAUGGUCCCCCACCAGGAGUUCCAGCACCACCAACUCCACCAGAUAUUAAAUAUGAUGGUUGGCAACCAAUUUCUGGAUUAGUGUCUAAACCACUUCAUGAUACUUAUGGACCUCCAAAAGAUAGUUAUGGCCCACCAAAUGAUAGUUAUGGACCACCAAAAAAUACUUAUGGUCCACCAAGUAAUAAUUAUAAUCCACCUAGUAAUAACUAUGGCCCCCCAUCGAAUAGUUAUGGUCUGCCAACGAAUAGUUAUGGUUCUCCACAACCCACUGAUGCUACUAUAAACUCAGAUUUUACUCCCCCGCAAGAAGGAACUGUUGGAAUUGAUUCUUUGGGUCUCCAAGAUCAUUAUAAAUCUGCCGGUGUCGUUUCUGAUUCUUAUGGUGCUCCAUUAAAUUCAGUUACUGGAUCUGGUGGGGUUGUGCAAAUAUCAGGAGAAGCACAUCAUCAACAAAGUCAUCAAAAUCACCAAGAAAUUAAUCAGAAUCAACAAAAUUAUCACCAAGAUCUAAGCGUAAUUGGUUUAGGUGGAGAUAACGCUUUGUCAGUUGUAAAAAGUGUGGGAUAUGAAUUGCAAGGGUUUGAUACUUAUAACCCACAAAGUUCUUAUUCCUCGUCUAAAGGAUAUAAAUUUACACAAAGUAAUGAUUAUAAUAACGUGAAUAGCGCUUUUGGAGUUCAACACUUUUCGAAAGAUAUUGGGUUGAUCCCACCAAGUGGAGUUUACGGGGUUACUCCAAGUAAUCAGUAUGGAACUCCUCUUUUCCAACCAGCUAAUAAUUUUAAAGCAAGUUUAAAACGCCCUGUUGUAUUUAGAGAUUCAAUCUCAUCGGGACAUGCUCAAACAUCUGGUUUUAUAACCCCACCGUUGCCCGAUAUAAAUCAAAAUUUAAAACCAGUCAAAGAAGAAAUUAAUGAACCUAGUGAUUUGUACAGUUUACCUCAUAUCGAUAGACCUGUUUCCUUCCAAAACCUGGUUCAUGGUUCUUCAACUGCCGGAUUAACCAGCGAGAUAAACUUUAACGCUGUUGAUUCUCAACAAGGAUCUUAUGCUCUUCCUCUACAAUCGAAUGGUUACGAUUUUAAUACCGUUGGUUAUUCUAAUGGGUAUCACCAUGAUUGCAACUCUCAUGGAUCCCAACCCAUUCCUCCCCAAUUUAAUUACGGAAUUCCAACGGGAGAUUUAUCAGGAUCUCAUUCGUUAAAAGUUGCCGCUUCUAGCAACUCAAUUAGUGAAGCAGCCCAAGAUGUUUAUGCAAAAUCUUUUGCGGGAAGCCUUGGUGGUGGAGAAUUAGUCAAAUCGGAAAGCAUAGAUUUAAACAAUAUCCCACUUCAGGGUGCUUUAGGAAGUUAUACUUUACAAAUUCAAUCAGCUGAUGCUUUAGGAGGAGCUGAUUCAAGUUCCCCUGGUAUUCCGCAUGAGCAAGUUUUAAAUGAUGGGUUAUUACAAUCUAUUUUAGCUGCUAUUGAACAACAACCACAACAUGUAUCUCAACAACAUAUAUCUCAACAACAAUCUCAAGAAUUUGCAUCUCAAGAAUUUGGAUCUCACGAACAUUUGAGUUUACCAAUUGAGGUGAAUAGUAGAUCGGAUACAGAAAGUCAAGGUUCUGUAAAGAAUACCGUCGUAGCAUUACCGGAAGAAAGCAAAAAUGGAAGUAAGGGGAGCGGCGAGAAAGUUGACGAUAACGAUGUAGCGAUUUACCUAAAGUCGGACGACUCAGAAAUGAAAAAAAGCGACACCGAGAGCUACGUAUCCGUGAAAACGGCAGAUACAAAUUAUAAAUACGACCUGAAGACACCAUCAAAAGACGAAACGUCGGAAAGAAGCGUGUAGGGAGACGUUUGUUUUUCACUUUCCAAAGAGCUCUCGAUAUUUAUUUUACUUUUAGAUUAAUUACUUUUCUUUAUUUUAUUCUAAUUUUUUAAUUUAAUUUAAUAAACCGAUUUUGUGUGAACUGAUGGAAGAAUAAAGUAGUUGAAAAUCUC